AUGGAUGACGAUGUUGCUGCGUUGGUUAUUGACAAUGGCUCCGGCAUGUGUAAGGCCGGGUUCGCCGGUGAUGACGCCCCAAGAGCUGUUUUUCCCUCCAUCGUCGGCCGUCCCAGACAUCAGGGUGUGAUGGUCGGUAUGGGACAGAAAGACAGCUACGUCGGUGACGAGGCUCAGUCCAAGAGAGGUAUCCUCACCCUCAAGUACCCCAUCGAGCACGGAAUCGUCACCAACUGGGACGACAUGGAGAAGAUCUGGCAUCACACCUUCUACAACGAGCUUCGUGUGGCUCCAGAGGAGCAUCCCGUUCUCCUGACAGAGGCUCCCCUUAACCCCAAGGCCAACCGUGAAAAGAUGACCCAGAUCAUGUUCGAAACCUUCAACUCUCCAGCUAUGUAUGUGGCCAUCCAGGCUGUUCUGUCUCUGUACGCUUCUGGUCGUACGACAGGUAUUGUGUUGGACUCUGGUGAUGGUGUCAGCCACACUGUUCCCAUCUAUGAAGGUUACGCCCUUCCCCAUGCCAUCAUGAGACUGGACCUUGCCGGUCGUGAUCUUACUGAUUACCUAAUGAAGAUCCUGACUGAGCGUGGUUACUCCUUCACCACCACUGCUGAGAGAGAAAUCGUCAGGGACAUCAAAGAAAAGUUAGCUUACAUUGCUUUAGACUUUGAGCAGGAAAUGCAGACUGCUGCUUCUUCGUCUUCAUUAGAGAAGAGCUACGAGCUUCCCGACGGUCAGGUCAUCACUAUUGGCAACGAGAGGUUCCGUUGUCCAGAGGCCCUCUUCCAGCCAUCCUUCUUGGGUAUGGAAUCAGCCGGUAUUCACGAAACAACAUACAACUCCAUCAUGAAGUGUGAUGUUGAUAUCCGUAAAGACUUAUAUGCCAACACUGUUCUCUCAGGAGGUACCACCAUGUUCCCUGGUGUCGCCGACAGAAUGCAGAAGGAGAUCACAGCUCUCGCUCCUGCAACAAUGAAGAUCAAGAUCAUCGCUCCCCCAGAGAGGAAAUACUCCGUCUGGAUCGGUGGCUCCAUCCUUGCCUCUCUGUCCACCUUCCAGCAGAUGUGGAUCAGUAAGCAGGAGUACGAUGAGUCCGGCCCAUCCAUUGUUCACAGAAAGUGUUUCUGA